GCCAAGCCGUAAUGGCGGCCAGAGAAAGUGAUGCUGCGCUUUGGCUUCACAACAAACUCGGUUCCACGGAUGAUCUGUGGUCCGGGAGGUCAAUAUGUUCGCAACUUACGCAGGAGAGGUUGGUCCACAUUCAGGACUGCUUCAUCAACCUGCAACCCCACGUCAAAGUGAAACUCUUGCUGUCUUUUAUUCACCUUCCAAGACGCAACAUUGAAGAGUGGAAAAUGGAGUUAGAUGAAUUGAUUGACAUGGCCAUAAAUGAUGGUGACCAGUGGGUGUCGAUGAUCGGUGAGAUCUUACGCACAUAUCCAUCGACAAUGAACCUCAAUUGUGAUGUGGAAGACAACAAUUCAACAUUCCAUGAAGUGUUGAAUGAUCUCAAGAAAACAGUCAAGAAAGCUCAAGAUGUCAGCAUGCUGCCCCUCGAAUGUCUUUUCCUGAACAGAUCAUCUCUGACACAAAUGGCUGGGCACCAACCACAACCUCCAAAACAUUUUGCUCUGAAGAGAAAGCCUAAGUCAGCAGCAUUGCGGGUCGAAUUGUUACAGAAGUCAUCAGAGGCAGCCAGUCAGCCAAAGAAGUUUGGAUUCAGCAACAAUCUUCCUAUAAAAGUGAGAAGUUUUGCUAAGAAGAUGAAUGACACAACACCAUUGAAAGGUAUUCCCAGUCGCACCCCUGGAAGUGGUGGCUUCAGGACCCCAACGACACCAACAAGUGGUCGAUUUAGCUCCGGGACACCUUUGGUUGCCACUCAUAGUACUCCUUUAGGGGGGACUCGACCAGUUGGUGGCUUGAGGAAAGAGGGCGGUAUCAAGCUUCUCGACAUCACUGAGCAACCUGUCGGCCUGAAGGAGGCAAAGCGACGGAAGAAACAACAAGAAAUGGAAGCCAUUGAGGUUCAGAAGAAAGAAAAGGACUCUGCAGCCACGACGCCUGUGUCUAUUAAUCAAACACCCGACUAUGCUGCGGCAUUGAUGUCACCUGCUAUGUCCCGGCCACCUCCAUCACCUGCUCCACCAACCAUAUCAGCUCCUCCAACGCCAAGUUAUUUACCACCUGCUGGCUCUACACGGCUGCCCUCGACGUCAAAUGGUGUUACAACAACUUCUCCUGCCACAACUCUGGUAUCCACUGCCACAAAAAGUGCUAGAGAAAACCUUCAACUUCAACUACAACAACAGCUUGGCCAGUCCAAUAUUCGUACACAACCUGCAGUCCAGCCUGUAGUGACGAUUGCCCCAGCACCGGUGCCAACAGCUCAGCCGAUGGUUGUGAAUCCUCCUGUGCAGACGCCACCACCGGUGCAAGCUGCUGCUUCCCCUGCUCCGGCUGGUGCUACCAAAAAGGGACUUUCACUCACGCGAGAACAAAUGGUUGAGGCUCAAGAGAUGUUUAGAACUUCCAACAAAGUCACAAGGCCAGAAAAAGCUCUUAUAUUAGGGUUUAUGGCUGGUUCACGAGAGAAUCCAUGCCCACAACAUGGCGACCUUGUGAAUAUCCGACUCAGUGAAGACCUACAGAUAAUUCAGCAGCAGGAUGGGACCAUGCGAGAAAUGAUAGUCGACACGUAUUUCCAAAUGGAUUAUUCCAAUGGGACAUGGCAAAGAUCGAAAAAAUUUCGCCCAAAGAAACCAUCUUGAGACAGAACGUAAGAUUAGGAAAAACAAAACUCUUUCUGGGGUUAUUUAAUCCAUGUGUGGAAAAUGUGACAUGCCUGUGUACUGGUCUCAGUCUUGUUUGACAGAGGAAUGAAGUAACGUGCCAUAGGUAUCAUUCAUGAUAUUGACAGUAAAGGCAUGUGUAGUAUUGGUGUUACUGAAAUGGAUUUGUAAACUUAAACUCCUUGAAUGACCUUAAACAUGAAAUCAUAGGCCUGGACCCAAGGAGUACUCUUCAAAGCAACCUUGAGUGCAAGGAACUCUCUGCUGGACUAUUGUGCAAAAUUGAAAGAAGUAUUUGAGGAUUCUGUUGCAUCACACAAUCAGCCAUUCAGUGAAUGAAGGCAUGACAUUUGGAUUUUCAUGGUUUUAAGAACAAUCAGUUUUGAUUUUACAAUAAAUAAGAACAGUACCUGCCCUGUUUCAAACAUGUUGCCAUGUACCAUGUACAUUGUUUUCAAGUUUUGAAAAGAUAAUACUCCCACUAUAUGAGCCGAUUCCAAAAUCACCAGAAAGUGGCUCUGCCAAGUCAAAAUCUUUAUUCUGCUGAAAUGGACUUGGGACUUUUUAUGCGCUUAUUAUGAUGGCCACAUGUGUAUGUCAUUGGUCGAAUCUUUCAUUAGGUUUUUUUUAGACAUUAUUCAAUGAAAGGGGGUAUUUUCCCCUUCAUAAAGAAUCUCAAAAUCAUGCUGUGCGGAAUAUCUAUAUAAAGAGUAAUGUGAUUUCUGCUUGAUCGUCUGAGAGCAUUGAUGUCUGGUGUGCUAAGUUAAACCCAGUGAAAUCCCUGGGCUGUGUAAUUGUCUUUUUAUUGUCAGUUUCCUUAUGUUUAUAUGAAAGGUCAUUACCUCUGCCCCCAUCCCCUGGAUGUUACUGUCUAUUCAAAUGUUUACAAAUGUACAAGAAAAUAAGAAAUAUGGUUCUUUCUUGUUAAUCCUUGUAUCGUACAUGUACGGAGUUCUGGAAAUUUGCAAGUCGAACUGUUCUGUUGGAAAAUCAAAUAAAUGUAAAUAUCAUAAUAAACUAUUGUAUAUCAUA